AGAGUGAACAGAAACCUGUUGCUGCUGCAGUCGGUUUGUCCACGGGAGAGUAAUGAGUGGACUUUGAACAAGUGUGCGAGACAUCGCUACUCGGACGGCUGUACAAGAUCUUAAAGAACAGUUUUUUUCCGCAGCAUUCUUCAGGAGACUCGAGUAUUUGUCAUAUGUUCGAUCAAGUCGGUAUGGUUGGCAAAUAAAAGGGAAUUGUUCGGUUUUGGUGACCUCGAUUAGACUUGUUUCGUUGUCAAUGGUGCAGUAAAAACAAAUGAGAUGCAGCCAACGAAAAUACUACAAACGGUGGUACUAGCUGUGCUGGUUUCUGUGGUUUGCAGUUCUGCUUUUGCCAAAAGUAUUGGAAUAUAUGCAAGUGGUGACGAAAAUAUUUACAAAUAUAACAAUUAUAGAGGGUUACGACAAGUGAACUUCAACCAGCCAACAUACGGGCAGCUCGGACCUGGGCAGCCUCUAAAUGUAUUUGCUCAAGUUAUAGAAAAUACAGCUGCAGUUUUCAAAAAUACAAACAAACAAAUAGAAUCUACGUUCAACCAACUCACAAGACCAUAUGGAUUAGGAGGACAAAGUGGGUAUGAGCUAGGUUUAGGAGUCACUAUUGGAAAUGGCGGAAGUUUUGGAAUAAACUCAUACCAAUACGCUCCACCAUCGUCCUACGGAUAUCCCUCAUCAUCAAACAGCCGCCCACCAUAUGGACGCCCGCCUCCGCCUCACGGUCCUCCUCCUCCACAUGGUCCACCACCUCCUCCACAUGGUCCACCACCUCCUCCACAUGGUCCACCUCCUCCACAUGGUCAUCCUACUCCACAUGGUCCCCCACCACCACAUGGUCAUCCUCCUCCACAUGGACCACCACCGCCACACGGCGGAUAUCCGCCCGCACAUCAUAGACACCACCAUGGUCAUGGGUAUGGACAUGGUCAAGGACCUGAGUAUGGCCACAAUUACCACCAUGGGCACGAAGAUAUCAGUUAUUCAAAUACACCACACGUCCCUAGCAAAUUUCCUGCAGGAAACAAUAAUCAAUUUGAAGCAGGCGUACCAUCGUCAAUACCCAACAAUUCCAAGGACCCGUUACUUGAAAAACCUGCAGUGCCUAAUUUGUUUGGAUCACAAGGUCCGGUUUCAACAUCAACUCCCGCAACUAAUCCAAUCCCAACUUCAGUACCAUCAACAGCCUCAGCACCAGCACCGGUACCGGCACCGCCACCACCCGUUCUUCUUCCGUUGCCACCUAUAUCUCCGUCAUCGUCAGCUGCUACAUCUUCUACUGUAACGCCAGAAUCGGCUGAAAGUAUUGAGGAUGUGACUUAUGAUCUAGAUAUCCGUGGUGAGUUCAACGAAACCGACACCAGGCAACGCCGACAAGUACUACCUAAUCUGUUGUCUUCUCUUGGGAACAUCGUGCAAUCAGGCAUUAAUCUAGCAAACUCAGCUAGUUAUAAACCCCUUGGCCAACAGCAGCAACAGGUAUUACCAUUUUUAGGUAAUUUUGGUCAACGACAGCCGGCCUCGCAGCGUCCGGUCGAAUUAGGAAACCCUCAACAAUCAAUACAAUCACCACCACAACCAAUUCCGCAUCAGCAUUACUAUCCUGAACCGUCACCAGAAUUACCAGCCUUGAAUUUACAAGAGCUCGGAAAUUCGGAUUUCACCUGGACACACGAAAACAUAGGCGUAGAUCGUGACAGCAAACGCGUUCGUAGAAAUUCUGAUUUUUUCUUUCCAACGGACGACGACGAGUUCCGGCCAACGCCGUACCGACCUCUUCAUAAACCAACACCACCGACGCGGCCCUCCGGCGGAUCUCAAGCUGGCUCGCAAUCGCAGUCUGAAAACAUCUGGGGUGGUUUCCAGCAAAGUAGUGGUUCGCAAUCGCAGUCACAAUCUAAUCAGAACGAACUGGGAUUGUUCAACCAAAACUCUGCUGGUAGUACUUCCGGGAACAUAGCCGUCGACGGAUCGUCAGGGCAGUUGAGUGCGGCAAACACAAUGCAACAAAGCUUCGAAACUGCCGAUUCUUCUGGCAGCAAAAACACGGCUCAAAGUCAAUCGGCGAACUUUGACAAAGAGGGCAAUCUCGCGCUAUCAUCGUCUAAUGCCAACACAAAUUCCGUCCGGGAGAAAGACAAGUUCAAGGAACAGUCUAAUGCAGGUUCAUCAUCGACGCUGCAGAAUCAGCACGGUACAUCAUCCAGCAAUGCACAGACCAAUUCCGAAACGUUCUUCGAAAAUGGACUACACGGGAACAAAAAUACUGCUUCUAGUCAGUCCCAGCAGAUCAACAAAGAUGGUUCCGUGUCCGGGUCGAACUCGAAUACCAUGAGCAACACUUUUACCGGGCCAAACGGCCAGCAAGGGUCGUCGUCCUCCAGUCAGUCGUCGAGUUUUAAUACAGGCUCUUCCGGAGCAAAUGGAGGAGGAUCUACCUCAUCGGCAAGUUCUUCGUCGUCUUCCAGUUCCGGAAGUGGUGGUUCGUUCAGUAUAAGUGGAUCUUUUUCCGGGUUACCCAAUUUUGGACCGUUUCCGAACUUGUUCCAGCAGUUCAAGGGGCAACUUGGAAACAAUGGUAGAUAAUUUUCUGAGUUAGUUUCGUCACGAAUAAUAAAGAGAGCGGUUCGUA